UUUGAUGAACACGAGUAUAUUAUUGAAUGCGGCGAUGAAACCACCAAAUACAAAUUACAUACACUAAUACGAAGUGGCCAGGGAUACGGGUACAGAGCAUAGUCACGCAUUCGAGGUGCAAAGCAAACAGAAAGGCUAAAUGCAACUUGUGCAGGAGCAUAGAGAUGCCGCUGAACAUCAAAGCAUCGGACCCAGCCUCACGAGUCACAAUAACGGGUAGUCAUCUUCAUGAUGGGGCUCUUAGGCAGACAAUUAUCUUGGAUGUUCAUUGUGAUCGGUAUCCGUAUGUAUCGCAACGACUUUGCCUAAAGAGCGAAAUCAGCGAAAUCACAGACAAACAGUGAGAAGACAUAUUUUCCAACCGUGGGGCAGACUCUGAUAUUAAAGAAACCACAAAAGUCAGAGUAUAUGUGCAUACAUGCUUUCGAAUUUGCGCACCUUGUUGUAUAUCUACCAUCCUUAUUGUCCUCCUCACCUGCCUAUCCUUCUCAUUGCGAAACAUUGUUCAGCACUUCGUGGGCAUGGUCGAUGUGGUACUGGAAAGAGCAGUUAUUAUACGGCGGCACGAAGGUAAACCGAUGCCAAAAGCACCUCCAAUCAGAAGUAGCGUCACUCGACUCCCUCUGUUACCUCUGCCCUCGAGUACCGCUAUUAUGUUCUCGGCAUCGCCGUGACCUUCAUGCAUUGUGUGUUCAUCGUCAGACGAACCGUAGGCACUGCCGCUGCCAAGAUCCUUGUUGUUGCCAUUGUCUUGCUCCAUGUCGACCUCAUAAUCAGCUUCGUCAUCUUCAGAUCUGAAGUUGGUGGAGUCGGAAACCGUUUUCUCGCUGGUGGUUGGGAAACCUGGCGAUGCUCGGCAUUCUUCGAUGCAUUCUUGGAUGUGCUCGAAGGUUUUCUGGGUGGGAGUAGCUUUUCUCGAUGGCUUCACAUGUGAAGAACUGGAGAAUGUGGGUUUGGGGAUGGCAGGGAAGAUGGCGGUAGAAAGAAAAGCAAAGAUC